AUGAAGCUACCGUGUAUCCUCGCACUUAUGCCUUUGCUGGUUGUCGCUGAUCUAUUUGAGCUGUACAGUAGAACAAGGGAAUUUUGCAUUGAAAAUGGUUGGAUUGCACGUUUUGGCGACGCGCUAAUUAAUCUGUUGGGAAGAACGGAGCCUGUGGAACAAAUAUACGACUGCGACGCUGUAGCUGCGGCUAGAAAAAUCUUGAGAGAUAGUGAUGGUCUCAUGGCGUUCUAUCCCAGAUUCUCUUCGGCUGCAAUUUACCUUAAUAAAACCUGUCAUACAUCUGACACCUGUGAAUACCCUGACCCGGACAAAUUUGCUCAGGAUUGGAGAAAAGAUAAUAAGGAUACUAUUGUGUACACAUUCGGAUGUUCCAUGUUGAAAAAGAAGUAUGAAGGAAAGUAUUGGUCCCUUCUUUACUGCCUCUUGGACUACAAGAAAAAUUUAACAACCUACCCAGAGUUUCAAAAGGCUAUGAAAGAAUUGAAGGUCGAGGAGGAAAUGCAAUAA